UCUAGAUGUUGCUGUAUCGGCUCUGUGUUGUUUCUUUUCUGUUAUAUGCAGUAAUGGCCAGGAGAGGUGGAUCCUCAGGGGGAAGAGGGUCGUCACGAUCCCGAAUAUCUGUCUCCCACAAAUCGUCGUCACAUCGAUCGGGUUCAUCUGGCCGGUCGUGGUUUUUCGGAUCAGGUUCCUCGCGCCCCCGAUCGGGUUCGUCUCAUCGAUCCUGGUUUUCCGGAUCGGGUCCCUCUCACCGCUCUUCUUCGCAUCAUCAUUAUCACUACUACCAUUCAUCACCACGAUUCAGAAGACUAUUUUCUUCAACCGGCUCAGCUGAACGCACAGCGUUAUUCCGCGGAGCACUAUUCGGAGCAGCUGCCGGAUAUCUCAUCCAUCAAGAAGGGAAAUACUACAUCAAUGAUUCUGACACACCUAUAAUAUUCGAUGACCGCCCAUACUUCUGGAGCAGUGAACUCCCGAUACUUACCGAAGAGUUUCCUGUGCUCUGCGUGAACAAAAUUGACCCAGAGGAUAAGCAAUUUGGCCAGAUAUACAAUGAGAAUGGAACACGCGUGACUGAAAUUGCAUACCCAUGUGCUAAAGGAGAAUCUUGUUGCGGGUACGAUUGUUGCUACGAACGAUCAUUCUGGUUGGAAUUUCUCUAUGAAAUAAUAUAUGGGCUGCUUUUAUACUUAGUUUUAUUUGUCGUUCUCCCCGUGGUUGUCAUCGCGGUCGUCUUUGUUGUGAAAUGGAUGUACGACAAAUGUAGUGGUGUAUGUAGGCGAUGUCGGCGUACGAAACUCUGGGAACUGGUGCCGCUCAGAUCAUGAAAGGAUUUUCAGCUGUGCCUCGUGCAAUGUCGUCAAUCUCUGCCAUAUCUCUUCUGUGAUCAAAAAAGGGUUGUGCUACCUUAGACACACGGGUAAUACAAAAAUCUGCGGACAUUGAACCAUCUAAAUAAAAACUUAAACACUUUCCAAC